AUGAAAUUACUCAUUGCUUUCUCUCCUUUGAUUGUUCCCAUUGUAUUCCAGGAACAAAUUUCUUGUGUAUAUUUAACUAAAUCUGCUUCUUCUGGCUACUAUCAAGAUGCGGAUUUUGUAAUUGGAGGACUCUUUUCCCUUAGAGAGACUGCUGGAGAUAUUGAACAUAGAUUGGACUUUAAAUAUACAGUUGAUCCACUGGAUGUUGUUUAUGCGGAUCUCACUAAACAUUACCAGCACAUUUUGGCAAUGGUUUUUGCUAUAGAAAAGAUCAAUAAGGACCCAAAUAUUCUAUUCAACAUGUCCCUGGGAUUCUAUCUCUUCAAUGUUGACUUUAUUGAGAUGAAGGCCGUGGAAAGUUCUAUGGCUUUGCUCUCAGGAGAGAGCCCCCCAAUUCCUAACUACAGCUGCCGGCCUGAGAAGACUGACAAGCUGGUUGCUGUGAUAGGAGGCAUUUCAACAGGAAUAUCAACUCAGAUCUCCCGAGUUCUAAGUCUCUACAACGUCCCGCAGAUCAGCUAUGCUCCUUUUGACCAGAGUCUUGGGACCAGAGUCCAGCUCCAGUCUCCUUACCAGUUUCCUGUUCACACCACAGCUCUGUAUCAGGGAAUUAUUCAACUGCUGCUAUACUUCACUUGGGUCUGGGUUGGCCUGGUGGUCCCAGAUGAUAUGAGGGGAGAACUCUUCCUUAGGGAUAUAACAGAGAAGAUGACAAACCAUGGACUUUGUGUUGCACUUGCAGAAAAGAUUCCAGAAUUUUCUGCUACAGAUACAGUAAACCCGAGCCAUUUUAUGGAAAAAGUCACAAUGACACGUGUUAUUGUUGCAUUUGGUGACACUCAUGAUUUUAUGAUAAUUGUCUAUCUCAUCAUUUUCUAUGCUCCUUUUGGUAAUGUCUGGAUCACAACUUCUGAUUGGGAUAUUACCAUAUUACCCAUUGAACAAAAUCUCAUUUAUACAUACUUUGGUGGAGGAUUAUCAUUUUCAUUUCACAUGGAUGAAAUUCUGGGAUUCAAGGAUUUUCUCAGAAGUGUUCAACCUAGAAAAUACCCUCAUGAUAUCUUUAUCCAGGAUGUGUGGUCGAUCUUAUUUGAAUGUCCAUAUUUUGAUCAGCACGGAAACAGGGAACUAAGUCAAUGUGAGCCAAAUGGCAGCCUGAGCACACGACCUCUGCAUCUUUGGGAUAUGAAAACCUCACCCUCCAGCUACAAAGUCCAUGCUGCUGUGUAUGCCAUUGCUCAGGCAGUCCAUGAGGAGCUGUCACUCAGAGUAGAAGUACACUCAUUCGAUAAAAGUGUUCUCUGGGCUCCUCUCCCAUGGAAGCUCCAUCCAUUCUUACAAAGGGGCCAACUUGGGAGAAGCUCCAAUGAGGGUAAUGUUGCAAAUAAGCAAGUUUCAGCAACCAAGCUUGACAUCUUUAAUUACCAGUCUCUGCAGGGUGGUACCAAAGCUCAAGUGAAAGUUGGCGAGUUUGUCUUUGAAUCUCACAGUGUUCAGCAUUUUUCCCUAAAUGAAGAACUCAUAACGUGGGGUGAACACCACAAUCAGACUCCUUUUUCUGUUUGUAGUCAAAGUUGUCCACUUGGAUUUAGGAAAACACCUGUUGAAGGGAAACCAUUCUGUUGUUUUGAUUGUAUCCUGUGUCCAGAUGGAGAGAUCGCAAAUAAAACAGGUAUUUAUAAAAUGAUUCUGAAUGUGGAGAUUUCUAGAAAUGUUCUGAAUUUGGAAAUUUAUAGAAAUAGUUCUGAAUGUUAA